GUUGCUUCGCCGACGAUGGAAGAUCCGACCGCCGACGUGGGAAAAAUCAAGAUCCCCGUUUUGAAAACGCCCAAGUUCGGUUUCCCCGCCGCGGGAUCCGGCAGCGAAGCUCCAGCCCCGCGGGUGGGCCCCGGCCUUCCCCCGCCAAAGCCGCAGGUUCCGUGCGCGGAUGUCGCCGCCUCCCCCGUCCAGGCGGCGGGUCCGGAGGUUUCAGCUCCUUCCACCAAAGCCCCGAGGCCGCAGGUGGACGCGGGGUGGAAGGGGGGCGCGAAGGUCCCCUCCUCCGAGCUGGAGGUCCCCGGCGCGGGCGUCAAAGGCCCCGGCGUAGAGCUCCCGGCUUCCGACGCCGAUCUUCGUGCCGGAAAAGUCAAAAUCCCGCGCUUGACCUUCCCCAAAUUCACAGCCUCGGACUCGCGAGGGGAAGGUCCCGUCGUGGAGGCGGUGGGCGAGGGGAGACCGGCAGCGCCCGACGCAGCCGUUGGCCUUCCCGAUGCGGCCGUCAAAGGCGAAUGGAAAGGCCCCAAGUUCAAGAAGGUUGAAACGCCCCAAAUCUCCCUCUCGGAUGUGAACUUGAACCUGAAAGGGCCCCAGGUGAAGGGCGACGCGGGUGUCGCGGUGCCCGGAGUGGAAGGGGACCUCAAAGGCUCCAAGGGUCUCAAGGUGGAUGUAAAAGCUCCCGACGUUGAACUUGGGGGCCCGGAGGGUUAUUUGAAAUGGCCCCGGGUGUCGGACGCGCACGUGACGGGAGCGGAGCUGAAGGGAGAGGCGGACGUUUCCACCCCAAAGGGGGGCGGCAGCUGGACAGGAGCCCAACUGGACCUCAGAGGCCCCAAACUGGGAGUGGAGGCACCCGACGUGGACGUCAAAGGCCCCGAAGUUCCAACGCCGGAGGUCAGACCCCCCCAAAUAUCCACCCCCGGCAUCGAUUUGAAUCUGAAAGGUCCCAAAGUCAAAGCGGACCUGGAUGUUUCUGCCCCAAAACUCGAAGGGGACCUGCACGGGCCCGGACUUGACCUCAAAGGCCCCGCAGUCGACAUCGAGGCGCCAGACGUGGACAUCCACGGGCCGGAAGGGAAACUCAAGAUACCCAAGUUGAAAAUGCCCAAAUUUGGGGUGCCCGGCCUGAAGGGGGAGGGCCCCGACGUCGACGUGACGCUUCCGAAGGGCGGGGCGGCCAUUUCCGGUCCCGAGGUCGAGGUGCCGAGCGUGGACGUCGAAGGGCCGGAGGGCAAAGGCAAAGGUCUCAAAUUCAAAAUGCCCGAAUUAAACAUCCAGACGCCCAAACUGUCCGUGCCGGACGUGGAUCUGGGUCUGAAGGGCCCCAAGGUGAAAGGAGACGCAGAUAUUUCCGGCCUGGGGGUCUCUGGGGACCUGAAGGGCCCCCGGAUAGAUGUGGAAGGUCCCAAAGUGGACGUUGAUUUGCCUGAGGUGGACUUGGAAUGUCCAGAAGGGAAAAUAAAAGGCCCCAAAUUUAAAAUGCCGAAGCUGAAUAUUAAGGCGCCUAAAAUAUCCGUCCCGGACGUAGAUUUGAACUUGAAGGGCCACAAAACGAAAGGAGAGAUGGACGUUUCCCUUCCAAAGAUCGAAGGGGACCUGAAAGGAUCCGGCGUUAACAUCAAGGGACCCAAAAUAGACGUUGAGGUCCCAGAUGUCAACCUGGCGGCUCCGGAAGCCAACCUGAAAAUUAAAACGCCGCAUUUUAACGUGUCCGGCCCAAAACUGGAGGGAACCGACGUAGACGUCAACCUGCCGGCAGGAGACCUGGAGAUUUCGGGGCCCGAGGCUGAUAUCGAGGGGCCAGAGCUGGAUGUCGGGGGAGCGGAAGGGAAAUGGAAAGGCCCCAAGUUCAGGAUGCCGAAGCUGAAUAUCAAAACGGCAAAAAUUCCCGUGCCCGACGUAGACUUGAACCUAAAGGGACCAAAAGUGAAAGGAGAAAUGGAUGUUGCGGCUCCGAAGGUGGAAGGGGAGGUGAAAGUGCCAGAAAUAGACGUUAAGGGGCCGAAACUAGACGUUGAGGCACCCGGGGUUGAUUUGGAGGGUCCUGAGGGGAAGCUGAAGGGCCCCAAGUUCAAGAUGCCCGAGAUGCACAUCAAGGCGCCCAAGUUCUCCAUGCCCGACGUCGACUUCAACCUGAAGGGCCCCAAGGUCAAGGGUGACGUGGAUGUGUCUGUUCCCAAGCUUGAGGGUGACCUCAAAGGUCCCGACGUGGACAUCAAGGGCCCCAAAAUCGACAUCGAGGCGCCUGACGUGGACAUUCACGGCCCGGAGGGGAAGUUCAAGCUGCCCAAGUUCAAGAUGCCCAAGUUCGGGAUGCCGGGGGUGAAAGCUGAAGGCCCGGAGGUGGAUGUGAACUUGCCGGCGGGAGACCUGGACGUGUCGGGGCCCAAGGUGGACGUUGAGGGGCCAGAGCUGGACAUUGAGGGUCCUGAGGGGAAGCUGAAGGGGCCCAAGUUCAAGAUGCCCGAGAUGCACAUCAAGGCACCCAAGAUCUCGAUGCCCGACAUUGACUUGAACUUGAAGGGCCCCAAAGUGAAGGGGGGUGUGGACGUGUCUGUUCCCAAGCUCGAGGGUGACCUGAAGGGCCCCGAGUUGGACAUCAAAGGCCCCAAAGUCGACGUUGACCUUCCCGACGUCGAGCUGGAAGGUCCUGAGGGGAAGCUGAAAGGCCCCAAGUUCAAGAUGCCCGAGAUGCACAUCAAGGCGCCCAAGUUCUCCAUGCCCGACGUCGACUUCAGCCUGAAGGGCCCCAAGGUCAAGGGUGACAUGGACGUGUCCGUCCCCAAGCUCGAGGGUGACCUCAAAGGUCCCGACGUGGACAUCAAGGGCCCCAAAAUCGACAUCGAGGCACCUGAUAUUGACAUUCAUGGCCCAGAAGGUAAAAUAAAAAUGCCCAAGUUCAAGAUGCCCAAGUUUGGGAUGCCGGGGGUGAAAGCUGAAGGCCCGGAGGUGGACGUGAACCUGCCGGCGGGAGACCUGGACGUGUCGGGGCCCAAGGUGGACGUUGAGGGGCCAGAGCUGGACAUUGAGGGUCCUGAGGGGAAGCUGAAGGGUCCCAAGUUCAAGAUGCCCGAGAUGCACAUCAAGGCGCCCAAGUUCUCCAUGCCCGACGUCGACUUCAACUUGAAGGGCCCCAAGAUCAAGGGCGACCUGGACGUGUCUGUCCCGAAGCUCGAGGGUGACCUGAAGGGCCCCGAGUUGGACAUCAAAGGCCCCAAGGUCGACAUCGAGGCGCCCGACAUUGACAUUCACGGCCCGGAAGGUAAAAUAAAAAUGCCCAAGUUCAAGAUGCCCAAAUUCGGGGUGUCUGGGUUGAAGGCCGAAGGCCCCGACCUCGAUGUAAAUCUCCCCGACGCCGAUGUUGGUAUCUCGGGUCCCAAGGUCGAUGUUGCUCUUCCUGACCUUGACCUUGAAGGACCAGAGGGAAAACUGAAAGGGCCUAAAUUUAAGAAGCCCGAAAUGCAAUUUAAUGUUCCAAAAAUCUCCAUGCCGGAUAUCGACUUAAACUUGAAAGGCCCCAAAGUAAAAGCUGACCUUGAUCCCUCUCUCCCCAAAAUGGAGGCUGAGCUGACAAGCCCCAAGCUCGACAUCAAAGGCCCGGAAUUAGAGGUCGAGGGGCCUAAGCUCGAUCUGGAAGGAAAAUCCAAAAAAUCCCGCUUUAAACUGCCAAAAUUUGGCUUUUCCGGUCCUAAAGUUCAAAGCCCCGAGGUGGAAGUGAAACUUAAAAAACCCGACGUUGAAAUAUCCGGCCCGAAAGUUGAGGUUCAGGCUCCGGAUGCCGACGUCCAGGCCAAAUCCAAAGGGUCCAAAUUUAAAAUGCCUUUCCUGAGUAUUUCCUCGCCUAAAAUGUCGAUGCCGGACGUGGAGCUCAACCUCAAGGGCCACAAACUCAAAGGGGACCUGGAUGUCUCCAGCCCCAAGUUGGAAGCGGAACUAAAAGCUCCCGAGAUCGACGUCAAGGGCCCCAAAGUCAACCUGGAGGCGCCAGACGUGGAUAUUCACGGCCCGGAGGGGAAACUCAAAAUGCCCAAGUUCAAAAUGCCCAAAUUUGGGGUUUCUGGGUUGAAAGGGGAGGGGCCGGAGGUGGAUCUCAACGUUCCGAAAGGAGACUUGGAGGUUUCGGGCCCCCGGGUGGCUAUCGAAGGUGGUGGCUUGGAGGUUGAAGGGCCGGAGGGCAAGUUCAAGGGCCCCCAGUUUAAGAUGCCCGACGUUGGCCUCAACCUCAAAGGCCCCAAGGCCGACGUGGACGUCUCCCUCCCCCAGGUGGAUCUGAAGGGCCCCGAUUUGCACCUGAAAGGACCAAAAGUGGACGUAGAAGGUCCUGACCUUGACAUUGAAGGUCCCAAAGGAAAACUGAAAGGCCCCAAAUUUAAAAUGCCUGAAAUGAAUAUCAAGGCCCCGCAGAUCUCCAUGCCAGACUUCGAUUUGAACUUGAAAGGUCCCAAGACUAAAGGAGGCGUGGAGGGCGAUCUCUCGGGGCCAAAACUGGAAGGGGACUUGAACGUGCCCGACGUUCAUCUUAAAGGCCCAAAACUUGACCUUGAGGAUCCUGAGCUGGAUGUUGAAGGGCCGGAAGGAAAACUGAAAGGCCCCAAGUUCAAGAUGCCCGAGAUGCACAUCAAGACGCCCAAGAUCUCGAUGCCUGACAUUGACUUGAACUUGAAGGGCCCCAAGAUCAAGGGUGACGUGGACGUGUCUGUCCCCAAGCUCGAGGGUGACCUGAAGGGCCCCGAGUUGGACAUCAAGGGCCCCAAAGUCGACGUUGACCUUCCCGACGUCGAGCUGGAAGGUCCUGAGGGGAAGCUGAAGGGCCCCAAGUUCAAGAUGCCCGAGAUGCACAUCAAGGCGCCCAAGUUCUCCAUGCCCGACGUCGACUUCAACCUGAAGGGCCCCAAGGUCAAGGGCGACCUGGACGUGUCCGUCCCCAAGCUGGAAGGUGACCUGAAGGGCCCCGAAUUGGACAUCAAGGGCCCCAAAGUCGACAUCGAGGCGCCCGACGUGGACGUUCACGGCCCGGAGGGGAAGUUCAAGCUGCCCAAGUUCAAGAUGCCCAAGUUCGGGAUGCCGGGGGUGAAAGCUGAAGGCCCGGAGGUGGACGUGAACUUGCCAAAAGGGGAUCUUGAUGUGUCUGGGCCCAAGGUGGACGUUGAGGGGCCAGAGCUGGACAUUGAGGGUCCUGAGGGGAAGCUGAAGGGCCCCAAGUUCAAGAUGCCCGAGAUGCACAUCAAGGCGCCCAAGAUCUCGAUGCCCGACAUUGACUUGAACUUGAAGGGCCCCAAAGUGAAGGGGGGUGUGGACGUGUCUGUUCCCAAGCUCGAGGGUGACCUGAAGGGCCCCGAGUUGGACAUCAAGGGCCCCAAAGUCGACGUUGACCUUCCCGACGUCGAGCUGGAAGGUCCUGAGGGGAAGCUGAAGGGCCCCAAGUUCAAGAUGCCCGAGAUGCACAUCAAGACGCCCAAGAUCUCGAUGCCUGACAUUGACUUGAACUUGAAGGGCCCCAAAUUGAAGGCGGGGGUGGACGUGUCUGUUCCCAAGCUCGAGGGUGACCUGAAGGGCCCCGAGUUGGACAUCAAGGGCCCCAAAGUCGACGUUGACCUUCCCGACGUCGAGCUGGAAGGUCCUGAGGGGAAGCUGAAGGGCCCCAAGUUCAAGAUGCCCGAGAUGCACAUCAAGACGCCCAAGAUCUCGAUGCCUGACAUUGACUUGAACUUGAAGGGCCCCAAAUUGAAGGCGGGGGUGGACGUGUCUGUUCCCAAGCUCGAGGGUGACCUGAAGGGCCCCGAGUUGGACAUCAAGGGCCCCAAAGUCGACGUUGACCUUCCCGACGUCGAGCUGGAAGGUCCUGAGGGGAAGCUGAAGGGCCCCAAGUUCAAGAUGCCCGAGAUGCACAUCAAGGCGCCCAAGUUCUCCAUGCCCGACGUCGACUUCAACCUGAAGGGCCCCAAGGUCAAGGGCGACAUGGAUGUGUCCGUCCCGAAGCUCGAGGGUGACCUGAAGGGCCCCGAGUUGGACAUCAAGGGCCCCAAAGUCGACAUCGAGGCGCCUGACGUGGACAUUCACGGCCCGGAGGGGAAGUUCAAGCUGCCCAAGUUCAAGAUGCCCAAGUUCGGGAUGCCGGGCUUCAAGGCCGAAGGCCCGGAGGUGGACGUGAACCUGCCGGCGGGAGACCUGGACGUGUCGGGGCCCAAGGUGGACGUUGAGGGGCCAGAGCUGGACAUUGAGGGUCCUGAGGGGAAGCUGAAGGGGCCCAAGUUCAAGAUGCCCGAGAUGCACAUCAAGGCGCCCAAGUUCUCCAUGCCUGACGUUGACUUCAACCUGCAGGGCCCCAAGGUCAAGGGCGACCUGGAUGUGUCCGUCCCGAAGCUCGAGGGUGACCUGAAGGGCCCCGAGUUGGACAUCAAGGGCCCCAAAGUCGACAUCGAGGCGCCCGACGUGAACCUCGAAGGGCCGGAGGGAAAACUGAAAGGCCCCAAGUUCAAGCUGCCGGAAACUCACGUCAAGACCCCCCAGAUCUCCAUGCCAGACAUAGACUUGAACUUGAAGGGCCUGAAGCUGAAAGGUGACGCCGAACUCCACGGCCCGAAGCUCGAGGGAGGCCUGAAGGGUCCCGAUGUCGAUCUGAAGGGCCCCAAAAUCGCUCUCGAGGGCCCCGAGGUCGAUGUCAACGGCCUGGAGGGGAAAAUGAAGCUUCCGAAGAUGAAGUGUCCCAAGUUUGUUUUUAAAGGGGAAGGUCCCGAGGCGAACUUGAACGUGGCGAAGGCAGAGGUCGGUUUUUCAGGCCCCGAGGUAGAUAUCGGCGUCCCGGCUGUGAGCGUUGAAGUUCCAGAGGGCAAAGUCAAAAGUCCUAAACUGAAAAUGCCGGAAAUGCACGUGAACGUCCCUAAAAUCUCCAUGCCCGAGAUAGACUUGAACUUGAAAGGUCACAAAACGAAGGGAGGCUUUGAGGUGUCAAGCCCAAAGAUGGAAGGGAGCCUCAAAGGGCCGGAAUUUGGGGUCAAAGGGCCGGACUUUGGGGUCAAAGGGCCGGACUUUGGGGUCAAAAGCCCCGAAUUUGGGGUCAAAGGCCCCGAAGUUGACGUCGAAUGUCCUGACCUCAACGUCGAAGGCCCGGAGGCCAGCGUCAAAUUCCCCAAGUUCAAGAAGUCGAAGUUUGGGUUCGGGCUAAAAAGCCCGAAGGCGGAAAUCAAGGCCCCGGGGUUCGAAGUGGAUUUACCGGAGGCGGAGCUUAACGUGGAGGCGCCCGACGUCAGCGUCGCCGCGAAGGGCAAGAAGAGCAAGUUCAAGAUGCCGAAGCUUCACGUGAGCGGCCCCAAGAUGAGAGGCAAGAGGGGCGGGUUCGACGUCAACGGGGCCGGCGGAGACCUCGACGCCGUUUUGAAAUCUCCCGACGUGGACGUGAACGUGGCCGGAGCGGACGUGACCGUCAAAAGCGACGCGGCGGUGAAAUCCCCCAGAGGGAAAAAAACCGUUUUUGGGAAAAUCUCCUUCCCCGACGUCGAGUUCGAUCUGAAAUCGCCCAAAUUCCGGGGAGACGCUUCGGGGGGAGCCCCGAAAAUUGAAGGGGAGCCCAAAACGCCCGGUCUCGAGGUCUCCGCGCCGAGCGUCGACCUCAAAGGGCCGAGCCUCGGCCCGGAUGUCGAAGGCCUCGCCGCGAACGCCAAGAAAACCAAGUUCAAGGUUCCCGGCGGGCAGGUGGGCGCCGGGGACUUGAGGGUCGAAGGUGACGCGGAGGGACCCGCCCUCGAGGCGGCCGUUGCCUCCGUCCCGGGCCGAGAUGUUGACCUCAACGGGAAAGGACCAAAA